AUGCCGUCAAUGGUCGAAGGAGACCUUAGCAAGCUUCCAGCAUGCGCAGAUGGUAUUUUACUCAUGUUCACUCCCCCAGACGACUUUAUCACAACAGCAUUUGAAAUUGUUCAAGCAUAUACUUUGUCCUCUAACUACAACUUUAAAAAAGAAGCCUUUCCCACAGACUGCAAUGGAAUUCAGCUCCAGAACAACUAUCACAGUGGCCUUUAUGUAGUCCAGCCACAGGCAGGGCACCAUCUGCUUGUUUACUGUGAAAUGAGGAGAGGAGGUGGAGGCUGGAUUACUAUUCAGAGGAACACAUUUGGAACAAAACUAUCCUGGAAUGAGCCCUGGCAGAACUACAAGACUGGAUUUGGGAGCAUUGAAGGAGACCACUGGCUUGGAAAUGAAUAUAUUCAUCUAAUUACCAAGCAAAAACGCUACAAAGUGAGAUUUGUGCUUGUCAAUUCUGCUAAUGAAGAGAAAUUUGCUGAUUAUGACAGCUUCAGUGUUGGUAGUGAAUCUAGCUCUUAUCAGUUAAGAUUAGGUCGGUAUUAUGGGACAACAGGAGAUGCUAUGGCAUCAGGUGAGGUCCAUGCCACCCAUGAUAACAUGAAAUUCUCCACUUAUGACAGGGAUAAUGACCUUGCAACAGCAAACUGUGCCUCAAAGUUAGGAGGUGGAUGGUGGUUUGACAACUGUCGUUUUGCAUGCCUUAAUGCCAAGAAUGGAAUCUACUGGGAAAAGUUAUGCAAUGGAGACUGCAAGCUUUCUGAGAUUUUGAUUAAACCAGCAGAUGACUGUGACAAUGACAAUAAUGGUGGUGGAGGCGGUGGUGAUGGUGGCGGCGGUGGAGAUGGUGGUGGCGGUGGAGGUGAUGGUGGUGGUGGAGAUGGUGGAGGUGGUGGGGGAGACGGGGGUGGAAGUGACCAGCCUCCAACUUGUCCAACAGAUAUUUAA